UCGUAUUUAGCUCCAAAAAAGAGAAGUAUAACGAGCUGCCAUUGACAGAGUACUCCUUGGUUCAGAUCAGCUUGAAUCUGUAUAAACCCAAGCAACGAUCACAGCUCUCAAGUUUCCAUAAUGUGAUGAAGACUUUCACAGAAACUUGCAUCUUAUGGCUUUCAUGCAUUCUGCUGUUUUCAGGGAAUAGCAUCAAUGCUUUCACCUAUGAUUACACCGCAACAACAGAGUGCUUGGGAGAACCCCAGAGAGCUCAAUACGGAGGAGGGAUAAUAGUUAAUCCAGAUUUCAACCAGAGCUUAGAAGCCGGGUGGAGUACAGCGAUUGGACAGGGAAAUAUUGAAGAACGAAUUUCGGAGGCAGGAAAUAGGUUCAUCGUGGUACACAAUAGAACAAACCAAUUAGACAGCUUGUUUCAGAAGGUUCAACUUGAGGAAGGAAAUCUCUAUAGUUUUUCUGCUUGGGUUCAGCUCAGCGAAGGAAGAGAGACUGUUGCUGUCUUCUUUAAAACUACUGAUGGUGACCUUGUACGUGGUGGUAGUGUCAUAGCUGAUCAUGGGUGCUGGUCACUCCUAAAAGGUGGAAUAGUUGCAAACUUCUCAAGCCCAGUAGAGAUUCUUUUCCGGUGCGAGAACACCAAAGUGGAUAUAUGGGUCGACAGUGUAUCCUUACAACAGUUCACUAAAACGCAAUGGAAAUCCCACCAAGACAACACAAUCGACAAGAUACGCAAGAGCAAGGUAAGGUUCCAGGUAACUGAUGCAAAUAAAACCGCAAUGCGAGGUGCUAUAGUCUCAAUUAAGCAAGAGCAGUCUGACUUCCCUUUUGGGUGUGGCAUGAACCACUAUAUCCUCACAAGCACCGAUUAUCAAAACUGGUUUGCAUCGAGAUUCAAAGUUACCACUUUCACCAAUGAGAUGAAGUGGUAUAGCACUGAGAAAAGGCAAGGCCAUGAAAACUAUACCGUCUCAGAUGCCAUGGUUAAAUUUGCCAAACGCAAUGGCAUUUCCAUCAGAGGUCACAACAUCUUUUGGGACGACCCCAAGUACCAACCUGAGUGGGUCAACUCCCUUUCUCCUGAGGAUUUACGAAAAGCUGCCGAAAAAAGACUAAAAUCAGUGGUAUCAAGAUACAGAGGAAAACUAAUUGCUUGGGACGUAGUUAAUGAGAAUCUUCAUUUCAGCUUCUUCGAGGAUAAACUUGGAGAUCAAAACGCUUCUGCAGAAUAUUUUUCCGAAGCUUACCGACUAGACCCAACCCCUAUCAUGUUCAUGAACGAGUAUAAUACCAUCGAAUAUUGUAGGGAUGAGAAAGCAAGCGUAGCCAACUACCUGGAAAAACUUCAAGAGAUUCUACAAUAUCCAGGGAAUGAAGGCAUCUCAGCAGGGAUAGGUUUGCAAUGCCGUUUUGGUUCUGGCCAGCCAAACCUCGCUUACAUGAGAUCUUCUUUAGACAUUCUAGGUUCAACAGGACUGCCCAUAUGGCUUACUGAAGUGGAUGUUGGCAAGGACCCGGAUCAGGCCCAGCACUUGGAGGAAAUACUAAGGGAGGGUUAUUCACACCCUGCUGUUCAAGGGAUUGUCAUGUUUGCAGGCCCUGAACUAGCCGGUUUUAAGAAUAUGCCCCUUGCAGAUACAAACUUCAACAACACUCCAGCUGGAGAUGUUGUGGAUAAGCUGCUUGGCGAGUGGGAGUCUGAGAUCUUGGAAAUCAAAGCAGAUGAUAGAGGUUUCGUAGAUGCUUUGCUAUCUCAUGGAGAUUACAGCGUCACUGUGCAACACCCAGAGGCCAACUCUUCCACUACUCUAAGUUUUAGGAUGACAAAAGAUAUUCCUCAAACAACCAUUGAUGUUCAAAUCCAUACCUGAAUUAUUCCGGUUUUUUUCUUUCCAGUGGGAUAGAAAAAUGAACAAAUUUCUCAGCACUAAGCGCUGAAAUGGUGGGUGACUGUUCAUCCACUCAUAGGGCGCAAGCAUCUACAUAUAUCGAAGCUUGCAUGCUUGCGCACGCACAAGUAAAGAAAUGUCACCGAUGAACUUCAUCAUGUGUAACUUUCCUUCUAAAAUAAAUGGAAAAAUACAUUUUUCCUCCCAUUAAUU